GUUUUCCUAUGAAACAGGGACGGCUCUGUGGGGCGGGCGCUCAUAAAUUCCCGCCGAAUGCUCCGUUUGUUGAAAAGUAAUAAUGCUAGAACGGGGAGUGGGGCUGGAGCAGAAACAUAGUGCGGGAGCCGUUCAAAGAUUCUGUUAGUCGCAUGAUAAUUCCAAGCCGCUUGUGGACCAGAGGAAUAUCGACUGCCUCCAACUCUGGGGCCCUAAAUGGCUCAGCAGUUUCAAGUACUGAGAUGCUGCUUCUGUCACAUAUUUCAAGUCCAGCAGGUUAAAAAGACCAAAAAAUGGAACUGCAAAAUAUGUAAUGAAAAGCAAUCAGUUCUAAAGGUUUUUGGCCAGGGUUCUGGAUCUGAAUGCAGGCACCAUGUACAAAAAUUAAAUAUGCUGGUAGGAGAGAAAGAGCAGGCAUCUAUCAAUAUGCCUUGGUACGCUGAAGAACCAGAAGAGAGGGAUAACAAGCUAGAAGAAAAUUUGGACUGGCAGGAAGAAAAGGUCAGCCGUUGGAAUAAAUAUCUGGACAAAAGCUGUGAUGAGGAAGAUAAAAUGUCGCAUACAGAAAAACAGACCUGUUCUUUUCUGAAUAGCACAACAGAGGAUCCAAGGAAAUAUAAGAAGACCAACUUAGACAGUAUUGAUGCCCAGAGAGCUGAUGAAAAUAGAGUUCCUGGAUUCGGAAAGAAUUACACAAGAAGUUCCUUCAGAGACGCACAAACCUGUGGAAAUGCUGCAGAUAAAAGUAUGAGGAUUUCUGCUGAUGAUGAACUUCUGGAAUGUGGAAAGAAUGGAGAGAGAAAGUUAAGAAAUGUCCUUUCUAAUCAGAUGAAACUUCUUUCAUCAGAGACUUUUAAUAGGAGUGUGGCUGCUGCUGCUGUAGUAGAGUGUCAGAUGCCUGAAGUCCAAAGAUCUGCUGCUGCAAGCAAUGAAAUAAUAGCCAACUUAAUUGACAGCCCCGUAAAAUGGCAGCAUAUACCAAGGCAGACUGCCUCUAUUGCCCUAGAUAAAAUGCAGACAGAUAGCAAGCAUAUUGAAGAAGCCAACAUACUACCCAUAAAAACCAAAAAUUCUUCAGUUUUACCUUGCGUUAAUCUUCAAAAGGUAUUAUCAAAGGAACCCACCUCCGUUCCUUCGGUGCAUCCUGCUUUCUCUACUGCAACAGGUCAAAAUAGUGGCCUUUUUUCUACUGGAGAGGACUUUGAUGACUACCUUUGAAGAAUAUCCAGGCAUUCUGCUUGUUUCCUAUGGCCUUGUUAAUUUUUAUUAGUCUGUUUCAAUGGCUUAGAAGAACCUUAGUUCAAAAACAUGGUCUUUAAAAGCUGUGUCGUGUAGCUAAGAAUGAAACUGCCAUUAGAUUUCUUUCCACCCACAUAUUUUUCAUUAGACAUGGACUUUGCCUUUCCCUUUCUGCUACAGCUGGGGGGGGGGCGCGCAGUGUUGAAUAAAAAUGUUUCUUAAGAUCAAA